AUGGCUUUUAAUAAGACCUACGACGAGGCUCGCGCCUACUUGGAAAAUUGGGGCCGGAUUUUGCGAGACGUUUGCUUGAUCGCGCGCGUUUCUGCCUUGACUGAAGAGCAAACGUCGCAGGUAUUUCUUAUGAAUUGAUGAAGUUACGUUAUGACUGAAUAAAAGUGAGCAUCGUUUUUCCUAUCGGUUUUUCUCUUUUCACACAGAUUAUUCUAUCUCUUUUCAGGUCAGGGACUUCGCGUUUGCUGCUCAGUUUGCUGUGCUUGCGAGUUUGGUGGAAUUUGGCCGGCGGUUUGGUAAUGCAAGAGACGCCCACGGAGCAUUCGUUGAGAAGGUACUGGCAGGAAAAAAAGAUAGCGAGGAUUUAGUCGAGAUGGACUUGGAGGAGGUGUAUGGGGCUGAUCCAGGGACUUUUUGUCUGCGUAGUCUGCGAAGUUGGGCAUUGAAGGUGGAAGGAAAAGCUGAGCAGGAUAAACGCCUUAUGCACUUUUGUAACGUGGUGCAGAAUUGUGCUCGGCAUACUCGUGGAGCAGAGAAGCGCGCGCAGACCAUGAAGCGAAAGGCUCAGGUGGAGAAGCAGUUCCGCACAUUCUCAACAGUAGUAGGACACACAAUACAUUCUGACAUCUACCUAGGUUGUGUUAAUAGUCGGGCGGAGAUGCAGAAGAAGGAUCUUCGGGAUGAUCCUCCUCCUCCUCCUCCACGUCGAUACACUUUUGGCAGAAUCGUGGACAUCUUUCGCAGCAUGAAGUUGACUGAGGUGAAUAGCAUGCAGGGUGUUGGUUUACGGGGUAAAACAGUCAAGAAGUCGCACAACAAACCAUCAGCUGACGACGCUUUACACCCUAGGGCACGAGUAGAAUUUUGGAGGAGAAUACAGGAGGGAACCACUGGACAAAACAACAAUGAGCAAGAAGUAGAAACUGAAGCAGCAGAUGAAUGCUCAGAAUCUGAACCUGAAGAAGAGAAGGAGUUUGCGGAAAAAGAGCGGACUAUCUUUGAACUCAGCCAAACCGAUGAGAAAAGUGCAUGA